AUGAUCGGUGUUACCGCGAGAGCAGCAAGACGGCCCAAACCUGUAGGCGACGAAGAUCAUAGGAUCACGAGUCCAAGUAGCCCAGGUUAUAAGGACCCAUUCAACGACUCUGCCAGACCUAAUCCUUUCACACCACCACUCAACCAGUCCUUUGACUACAAUGGCCGCGACCGUAUCCGUGGUAUCAAUCUCGGAGGAUGGCUCGUGCUCGAACCGUUCAUUACGCCCAAAAUCUUUGAACAGCCCAUUCCUGGAUACGAAGCAGCCACACCCGUCGUAGAUGAAUGGACUCUGACAGAACGAUUGGGUCCUGCUGAAGCCAAGCGCCAAUUGAAAGAACAUUACGAAACGUUUAUCACAGAGAAUGAUUUCAAGAAAAUUGCCGACAUGGGAUUCAAUCACGUUCGAAUCCCAACCGGACACUGGGCCCUACAGGUGUUCCCCGGAGAGCCCUUUGUGCCCCAUCUGUCAUGGCAGUACUUGUUAAAAGGUAUCCAAUGGGCUCGCAAGUACGGUCUUCGCGUCAUGGUCGAGCUUCAUACCGCGCCAGGUUCACAAAACGGCUGGAACCAUUCCGGUCGACAGGGUCAAGUAGGCUUCUUGAAUGGUACGGAAGGUCAGUUGAAUGCAGAAAGAACCAUUCAGAUCGUCAUGGACAUGAUUCAGUUCUUUGAUAGACCAGAGUGGUCGCAUGUCGUACCUAUCUUUGGUGUUCUCAAUGAACCGGCCAUGAUGAAAAUCCCAGAAGAUGAUGUCAAGGAGUGGUAUCAGAAAAGUCAUGAUACCAUUCGAAAGACAUUGGGACCUGGGAAGGGCCCUCUCUUGACAUAUCACGAUGGUUUCUUACCUUUGCCACGCUGGAAGGGAUUCUUUGGAAAGAGGUUUGAUAGGACUGUCUUGGAAACUCAUUUAUAUCUGAUUUUCAACAAAGAUUUGGUUGCCAUGCCCAGAGAUGUACAAGCAGACUUUCCUUGUAACUUUUGGAGAAGAGAUAUGAAUGAGUCCACGCUAAACACAGGUCCUACCAUGGUCGGUGAAUUCUCUGUGGCAACAAAUGACUGUGGUAAAUAUCUGAACGGUAUCGGUCUUGGUGCCAGAUUCGAUGGUACGCUUGACCAAGGAGAUGGCCCUGCCACGCCUGUAUGUCCGACGUGUACGUGCAAGGGGGUGGAUGAUUGGAAAAAGUUUACGCCCGAAUAUAAGACGUUCUUGCUCAAGUUUAUGCAAAAACAGAUGGAUGCUUAUGAAACUGGUAUUGGUUGGUUCUACUGGACCUACAAGACCCAAGAUCACGUUAAUCCUCAUUGGGACUAUCUCUUGGCCUGGGAACAAGGGUUUGCACCAAAGGAUGUGAAUAAUCGUGAGUACAGCUGUGGUCAUGUUGUUGAAGGUCAACAACAGUAA